AUGUUGAAUUCUAAUUUGAAGAAGACGGUUUCUUCUCCUUCUUCUUCAUACGUUGUUUUUGCUGUUUUGUUCUUGGUUUUUAAUGCGGCUGUGUUGUGUCAUGGAGGCAAAACCAGUAGUUUUGUUAGGAAAGUGGAGAAAACUAUAGAUAUGCCUCUUGAUAGUGAUGUUUUCGAAGUCCCUCCUGGCUACAAUGCUCCUCAACAGGUUCAUAUAACACAAGGAGAUCAAGUGGGGAAGGGAGUCAUAGUGUCAUGGGUGACCGCUGAUGAACCAGGUUCAAAUACAGUGAUUUACUGGAGUGAAAAUAGCAAACAAAAGAAAAAGGCAGAAGGCAAAGUUUAUACCUAUAAAUUCUACAAUUACACCUCUGGCUACAUUCAUCACUGCAUCAUCAGAAACUUAAAGUUCAACACCAAAUAUUACUAUGUAGUUGGGGUUGGGCACACCGAAAGACAAUUCUGGUUUACCACUCCUCCUGCAGUUGGUCCUGACGUCCCGUAUACAUUUGGUCUCAUAGGGGAUCUUGGUCAGAGCUAUGAUUCAAACAGAACACUUACUCACUAUGAAAAGAACCCAACAAAAGGGCAAGCAGUUUUGUUUGUUGGAGAUCUCUCUUAUGCCGAUAACUAUCCAAAUCAUGACAAUGUCAGAUGGGAUACAUGGGGAAGGUUUGUAGAGAGAAGUGUUGCUUAUCAGCCUUGGAUAUGGACUGCAGGAAAUCAUGAGAUUGAUUUUGCCCCAGAAAUUGGUGAAACUAAGCCUUUUAAACCUUAUACUCACCGCUACCAUGUGCCUUAUAGAGCAUCGCAAAGCACUGCUCCUUUUUGGUACUCAAUCAAGAGGGCUUCAGCAUACAUCAUUAUUCUGUCUUCAUACUCAGCAUAUGGUAAAUACACUCCUCAAUACAAAUGGCUUGAAGAGGAGCUACCAAAAGUUAAUAGGAGUGAGACACCAUGGUUGAUUGUUAUUAUGCAUUCUCCAUGGUAUAAUAGCUAUAACUAUCAUUACAUGGAAGGAGAGACCAUGAGAGUAAUGUAUGAGCCGUGGUUUGUCAAGUACAAAGUUGAUGUUGUGUUUGCUGGUCACGUUCAUGCCUAUGAACGAUCUGAGCGCAUAUCCAACAUUGCAUACAACAUAGUAAACGGAAAGUGUGUUCCGGUAAGGGAUCAGACUGCCCCAGUUUACAUUACCAUUGGCGAUGGAGGAAAUCUUGAAGGCUUAGCAACAAACAUGACAUAUCCACAGCCAGAAUACUCAGCAUACCGCGAGGCCAGUUUUGGUCAUGCCAUUUUCGAUAUUAAGAACAGAACCCAUGCUUACUAUGGCUGGCACCGCAAUCAAGAUGGAUAUGCUGUGGAAGCUGACACCAUGUGGUUUUACAACAGAUUCUGGCAUCCGGCCGAUGAUUCAACAAGUUCCGAAUCGUGA